CACGGGCCAGCAGGGGAGCGAGAGCGAGCAGGCAGGUGGAGCUCUUGCUCCGCACCAGGGCCCCUCUGCGGUCUGCAGCCGUUUGCACUUCCUGAAACCGGAUCUUGGUGUCGGAGCCGCCCCCGGGCCGGCCAGGCGCCUCAGCCAUGGCCCUGCGCAAGGAGCUGCUCAAGUCCAUCUGGUACGCCUUCACUGCAUUGGACGUGGAGAAGAGCGGCAAGGUCUCCAAGUCCCAGCUCAAGGUGCUGUCCCACAACCUGUACACAGUCCUGCACAUCCCCCAUGACCCCGUGGCCCUGGAGGAGCACUUCCGGGAUGAUGACGAUGGCCCUGUGUCCAGCCAGGGCUACAUGCCCUACCUCAACAAGUACAUCCUCGACAAGGUGGAGGAAGGGGCUUUCGUGAAAGAGCACUUCGAUGAGCUGUGCUGGACCCUGACGGCCAAGAAGAACUACCACGUGGACAGCAACGGGAACAGCAUGCUCUCCAAUCAGGAUGCCUUCCGCCUCUGGUGCCUCUUCAACUUCCUGUCGGAGGACAAGUACCCUCUGAUCAUGGUUCCCGAUGAGGUGGAAUACCUGCUGAAGAAGGUGCUUAGCAGCAUGAGCCUGGAGGUGGGCUUGGGUGAGCUGGAGGAGCUGCUGGCUCAGGAGGCCCAGGCAGCCCAGACCACUGGCGGGCUCAGCGUCUGGCAGUUGCUGGAGCUCUUCAACUCCGGCCGCUGCCUGCGGGGCGUGGGGCGGGACACCCUCAGCAUGGCCAUCCAUGAGGUCUACCAGGAGCUCAUCCAAGACAUCCUGAAGCAAGGUUACCUGUGGAAACGAGGGCACCUGAGGAGGAAUUGGACGGAACGCUGGUUCCAGCUGCAGCCCAGCUGCCUCUGCUACUUUGGGAGUGAAGAGUGCAAGGAGAAAAGAGGCACCAUCCCUCUGGAUGCUCAGUGCUGCGUGGAGGUGCUGCCCGACCGAGAUGGAAAGCGCUGCAUGUUUUGUGUGAAGACAGCCAGCCGCACCUAUGAGAUGAGCGCCUCGGACACGCGCCAGCGCCAGGAGUGGACGGCGGCCAUCCAGACGGCAAUCCGACUGCAGGCCGAGGGGAAGAUGUCGCUGCAUAAAGACUUGAAGCAGAAGCGACGGGAGCAGCGGGAACAGCGGGAGCAGCACCGGGCAGCCAAGGAGGAGGAGCUGCUAAGGCUGCAGCAGUUGCAGGAGGAGAAGGAGCGGAAGCUGCAGGAGCUGGAGCUGCUGCAAGAGGCACAGCGGCAGGCGGAGCGGCUGCUGCAGGAGGAGGAAGAGCGCCGCCGCUGCCAGCACCAAGAGCUGCAGCAGAUGCUGGAGGGCCAGCUGCGUGAGGCGGAGCAGGCCCGCGCCUCCAUGCAGGCUGAGAUGGAACUGAAGAAGGAAGAGGCUGCCCGGCAGCGGCAGCGCAUCGAGGAGCUGGAGGAGAUGCAGCAGCGGUUGCAGGAGGCCCUGCAACUGGAGGUGAAGGCCCGGCAAGAUGAGGAGGCUGUGCGCCUUGCCCAAGCCAGACUGCUAGAGGAGGAGGAGGAGAAGCUGAAGCAGUUGAUGCAGCUGAAGGAGGAGCAGGAGCGCUACAUCGAGCGUGCCCAGCAGGAGAAGCAGGAGCUGCAGCAGGAGAUGGCGCUCCAGAGCCGCUCCCUGCAGCAGGCGCAGCUGCAGCUGGAGGAGGUGCGGCAGAACCGGCAGAGGGCCGACGAGGACGUGGAGGCUGCCCAGAGGAAGCUGCGCCAAGCCAGCACCAACGUGAAGCACUGGAACGUCCAGAUGAACAGGCUCAUGCACCCGAUUGCGCCUGGAGAUAAGCGGCCAGUGGCCAGCAGCUCCUUCACGGGCUUCCAGCCCUCUCUGCUUGGCGGCAGGGCCUCGUCCCUGAAGCGCCUGACCCGACGGGGGUCCCAGAACAACAGGACCUCCUCCCCCACCCGCAGUGAGCAGCACGAGUCCCUCAACGGCGGGGAGGAGACCCCUGCCCUGGCUCCCACCCCUCAGGAAGAGAAGCUGGACCCAGCGGCAGAAAAUUAGCCUCACCUCACCUCUUGUUCUUCCCAACAUCAUGUCUACCAGAACCUGGCCACAGCUGGCCUGUGGAUGAGGCUGACCCCUGCUGGGGGCGGGCACGGAGGUCCUGCUGCCGGGAACUCAGCCCUCCCACCAGAAGCUGGCCAGGGUAGCGCGUGGGUCAUCUCUUGCACCUGCCGCUUGGCCCCGUCCACAGAGGCAGCGGGCGGGUGUGUGGAUACCUGAGGCUCUGUGCCUUAGCUCCAGAGCCCCCGUGAGCAGGGCUGAAGUGACAUGCAGGACGAGGGGCACCGACCCCAGGCCGCCACCGAGUCACAGAGGACAGACUUCCAAA